AUGUCUGCCACUGACUCAGUAGAUGGAAUGGUUGGUGCAUAUACCGGCAAUAACUAUGUUAAAGCACUCACCUUUACGACAUUUCUCGGAAUUGCACUCUACAACUCAGUGGAACUUGCGAUACUCGUUUUUGCAACAUUCCAGUGCUAUCGCGGGCUUUAUUUCUGGAGUCUACUGUUGAGCGCGUUGCUUGGAGUUGUUCCACAAGCCGUCAGCUUCAUCCUCAAAUAUUUCAUGCUGGCCCCGCUCGCACUUUCGCUCACCAUCUCUACUAUCGGGUGGUAUUUCAUGGUGACCGGCCAGGCCAUUGUGCUCUACUCUCGACUGAAUCUCCUUAUCAAUGACCCCGUCAUUUUGCGUCGGGUUCUUAUUAUGAUUAUCACCAACGCCGUGAUACUACAUGUACCAACAACGGUGAUCACCUACGGUUCGAACUUUGUCGGCAGCCCAGGCUGGAGCACUGCCUAUCCAAUUAUGGAACGAAUUGAGCUCAUGGGAUUUUCCAUCCAAGAGGCUAUUAUUUCGGGGCUCUAUGUCUUGCAAACCGUGCGAAACCUACGCCUUAUUCCACCAGGCUCUCGCAUGCACCGCUCACAUCGUGCUGUGCUAUACCAGGUUAUAGCCAGCAAUUUGCUGAUGGUAUUGCUUGAUGUAAUCCUCUUGGCAAUGGAGUAUACCAACGAAUUCGUUUACCAGACCACUUUCAAGUCUGUCGUCUAUAGUAUUAAACUGAAGCUAGAGCUAGCAAUGCUUAACCGCCUUGUCACUCUCGUUCGACCUGUACAGUUCUUUCCCGAGUUUGAAGGGCAAAUGAACAGAUGUUCCAAUAUUCCUCAUGAGCUUACAGACUUUAGCGGGUUUACUCGAGUGGUUUCUAGCGACACGGAAACAAGAUGA